AUGACUGUGAGUUUUGUUUCCGUUUUGACAUCGUCGUCUGUUUACUCAGACAUAGAAAAUAAGGAGAACAUCGAGCCCAAGCGUAGCUGGAGUUUCAUUAACCCCUACUCCCAAAGCCUAUGGUUCUUGUCAAGGGGCAACCAGGGAGAGGAGAUCAAAGAGAUACAAAAACGAACCGAAGAACCCAGCCGUCUUAGGCAGAAAGCUAAACAAUUGCAGGAACUCAGCAUCCCCACAAGAGAUAAAUCGCUGCCCCCGAUACCCCCUAAAUUGUUGCAAGACUUCCCUACGCCAGAGAUAUCGGAAUUUCGCGAUGCAAACAGCCAGCUGGUAAUUAGUACAGAACGGCAGUAUCUGCAGGACCUGGAUCUGCUGAAUGCCGUGGCGGUGUCGUUUGCUAGCUACAUAAACGAGCGAGGUAUUCCCAUCAAGUCUACAGAUGUUAUCUUGUUAUUUGGCAACCUCAGUCUGAUGAUCAGUCUAAGCGAGCUGUUGGUGAAGAAUUUAGCUAGUGGUCAUGCUCUUGUGCAGACUUUGAACGAUCAUUUCACCAGACUGUCCCAGGUGUACCCGUCUUUUUUUGCGUUGCAGGGACGGAGACUAGAGAUCCUAGACUCGGUGAAAGCCGACCAGCGAUUUGACGACUGGUUUGCCAGUCUGAACGGCCUCAAAAUCGAGAAGCUGCUCAAGGUGCCUGCAAACCGACUUUGUGCGCUGCGAGACACACUAACAACACUGGGGCUGUUGGAGGAAUGCCCUAAACUCAGCAGACUCGUCGAGAUUGAGAGCAGCCUGCCCUCACCCCUGGCAUCACCAACAGUGAUACUAAGUGUUCCAGAGAGUUGGAGGCAAAAAAACAAGCAGAAAUGGAAGGAAAUCGCAAAGGAGCCGUUUGAAUAUCAACAGCUUGCGUACUUCCAGCAUGAGUUCAAGACUAUCCACAAUAUGUUUGACACGACCGUCCGGACACUGGACAAGUGCUUAAAGCUCCAAAAACAGUCAAUGGAGUUCAAAUACAAUAUAGGGCUUUCAUUUGUGCGAUUCUCCCAGGACCUUCCUAGCAGCUACAACAGAAAAGAUACACAGCUUACGCCAAAAUCGCUCUUCUUUAAGGAAAACUUUAUCUCUUCCAGCUAUGAGCUUUACUUGGAAAAACUCCAAAACCAGAACGAUAGUGCCAAUAAAUUGAUGUCGCGGUUCGAGUAUGAGCUGGGUCCAGUCGUGGAGGAAAUCAGUAUCAUGCUCGAUUUCGCGGAACAAAAAUUGUCAAAAAUGCAGAGAGCAUUCAAUAAACUGGACAAGGAUACCAAAGUGGACAAGUUAAUAAAGCUACACAAACUCAAUGGACUUCUCAAAAAUGCAAUCGGACUCAUCACGAGAACAUAUGACCAGCAUGUCAGAUCUUUCCUGGAGAUAUACCAAGGACGGGCAGAGUCAGCAGAGCGCAUUAUUGAGCAGUUUGUGGAGAUGCGACAACAGAACAAACAGGCAAUCGUGUCUUGCGGGGAUCUGCCAUUCAAUAAAUCGCUUGCGUUGACCAAAGUUGUGCGGAAGCUUUAUAAUUAA